AUGACUACACCGAACCUACAUAUCAGUUUGCUACGCCCUCCAGUCAUUCAGAUUCUUCGUGCUGCGGGAUUCCAUUCCACUCGACCGGCCGUAGUCGAUACCUUGACUGACCUCGCCGGCCGGUACCUUCUGUUCCUAGCUUCGUCUACUGCCCAGCAUGCAAUCAACAGUCAUGCAGUGUGCCCUACACCAACGCUCGACGAUAUACUUAUGGCUCUACAAGAUGUUGGUGCCCUGCGGCCUCAGAUGAGCAGGCUAGAAGAGGAUCAUCGUGGAGAAGAGGAUAUGAGAGCCCUUGAAGCGUUUCUGGCAUGGUUCAGUGGGCCCAUGAAUACUGAAAUCAGACGUGUCUGUGGGUUUAUCGCGGGUGAAGGAGAGGUAGUGGAUGAAGAUUCUUUAGAGAAAGAAGACUAUCUAACCGCGUUGAAAAAGAAACACAGCAAGACUGGCGAAGAAUCGAGGUUUCAAGGAACAGUCCUUGGAAAAGACGCAAAGGAACGGCCCGUCAUCAUCGAAGGCGGUGCGGAAUCAAUAAAGGCAUGGAGGGCCCAAGUUAAAUCUCGAGAACAAAGCUCGGAGCCGUCCUCGACAAUUAGCAGCAUUGCAAGCAACAUAUCGGUACCAGACGCCAUGGACAUUUGA